CCCGUAGAUUCAUCCCUCUACAUCCCUCACAGCGACAACCCCAACCAAGAGUCGCCUACCUCAAUUAGAUCCCCACAUCUUCCCACAAAGCGAACCCCAACAAGCCACAUCCCACACCAUGUCCACUCCAGCAACACUCCCAGGCGGCAAAGUCCACUCACUGCCCUCCGACCUCGCCGCGGCACUCACCGCCGACGAGACGGCCAAGGCGGCCUGGCUCGACAUCACGGUGCUGGCACGCAACGAGUUCAUCUGCUGGGUCGACGCGGCCAAGCAGCAGCAGACCCGCGAGCGCAGGAUCCGCCGCGCCGUCGAGGAGCUCAACGACGGCUUGCGCCGGCCGUGCUGCUGGCCUGGGUGUCCGCACCGCGAGCGGGAUGGGAAAUAGGCACAUCGUGAUAUCGGCAUUGCGGUAACUGCGCUCUGGCAUGGCGGCACCGCGCCUUAACCAACCCCGUUUCGGAAACCAGAAGAGCUUGUCGACGGCCGAGAUGGUUUGCAGGGUCCAGAUUAACCGACAUGCCCCGGGGCUCGUCAGUCAGCAGAUGGAUGGGCUAGACGUGGUGGUUGUGUUAGCAUGGCAUCUCGGAGCCCUUGAGGAAUGAUACAAUCUGUCUAGUACAGCAUAACACCAGCAAGUAUUCCUUCGCAUACACGUUUAUCCCUAGCACUAGCGACAUAAAUCAUCAACGUCAUG